AUGACUCAUUCUCAUGUUGCCUAUUUAGUUCCACUGCAUCCGAAUUGCGAAGAAAACACUUCAACCCCUAAACUCCCUCUCUCCAACGGCCCAAACAAAAUCGGCCGUAACAGCGUUUCCAUCUCCGAUAAAAGACUCAGCCGUAACCACCUCACUCUAACCCUAAUCUCCUCUUCCUCCUCCUCCUCCUCCUCCUCCACUUUAACCGCGGAGGGAAGUAAUCCGGUGGUGGUUAAAUCGGGGAAUCGGAGAAAGAAACUGACUACCGGAGAGAAAGCGGAGAUUGUUAAUGAUGAUAUUAUUGAGUUAAUACCUGGUAAUCAUUUCUUUAAGUACGUGUUAAUCACUCCUAAUAAUAAUUCACAAAAGCGAGAUUCUUUCGAGGGAAGAGAGAAUGGUGUAGGCGAGAGCAAGAGAAAGAAGAUGCGAGAAGGCAUUAGUAGCUCCAAGGUUGAGAUGGAAGAUGGUGGACUGAGGAAUUGUGAGGAGGCGAUUAGGGAUUUUCGUGUUUCGGAGGAAGAAUUGGCAUUGACAUAUCGGCUUUUGAGAGUGAAAGAGUUGCCAGCUUGGGCUAAUACGUCUUGUGUUUCGAUAAAUGAUGUGAUUAAGGGAGAUAUUCUUGUUGCUAUAAUUUCAAAUUACAUGGUGGAUAUGGAGUGGUUGCUGUCUACGUGUCCAACACUUGCAAAAGUUCCUCAUGUCAUGGUUAUUCAUGGGGAGGGUGAUGGUACAUUGGAGCACAUGAAGAGAAGCAAGCCUAGAAACUGGAUUCUUCACAAACCUCAGCUACCCAUUUCAUUUGGGACACACCAUUCAAAGGCCAUCCAAGGUUUGUGGAUGCAAGAUUUCCCUUGGAAAGAGGAGAAAAACCCAGGAAAAAGAUGUGGAUUUGAAAAUGACUUGGUUGAUUAUCUAAGUGCAUUGAAGUGGCCUGAAUUUACUGUUAAGUUACCAGACCUUGGGAGCGUUAAUAUCAAUCCAUUCUUUUUCAAGAAAUUUGAUUAUAGCAGUGCAGCGGUCAGGUUAAUUGCAUCUGUUCCUGGAUAUCAUACUGGUGCCAAUCUAAGGAAGUGGGGUCAUAUGAAGCUACGAAGUGUUCUACAAGAAUGUACCUUUGACAAUGAGUUUAAAAAGUCUCCUCUUGCCUAUCAGUUCUCCUCCCUUGGUUCUUUGGAUGAAAAGUGGAUGACUGAACUGGCCACUUCAAUGACAUCGGGAUAUUCGGAAGAUAAAACACCUCUUGGUCUUGGAGAGCCUCAAAUAAUAUGGCCUACUGUAGAGGAUGUCAGAUGCUCUCUAGAGGGUUAUGCUGCUGGAAAUGCUAUUCCAAGCCCUCUAAAGAAUGUGGAGAAAGGAUUUUUGAAGAAGUAUUGGGCUAAAUGGAAGGCUUCCCAUACUGGCCGCUGUCGGGCGAUGCCUCAUAUAAAGACUUUCACUCGCUAUAACGGCCAGAAACUUGCUUGGUUGUUGCUAACUUCAUCAAAUCUUAGCAAAGCAGCCUGGGGGGCUUUGCAGAAGAAUAAUUCUCAAUUGAUGAUCCGUUCUUAUGAGCUGGGUGUGCUCUUUUUACCAUCUUCCAUAAAAAGAUAUGGUUCUGGAUUUUCUUGCACAAACAAUGGAGGUCCAUCUAUGGGUAAUUGUGGAUCAUUAGCAGAUUCUGAAGAACUGAGAACAAAACUAGUGACUCUGAAAUGGCAAGGAACAAGUGAUUCAGCAUCCAAAGUGAUUCCUUUGCCAGUUCCUUACGAGCUCCCUCCUAAACCAUACUCCUCAGAUGAUGUUCCCUGGUCUUGGGACCGGCGCUAUAGCAAGAAGGAUGUUUAUGGCCAGGUUUGGCCGAGGAAUGUACAACUCUAUACUUCUCAGGAUUAG